ACAUGCGUAGUAAUGCGUCAUAGUUUACUUUCGCGUUUUGCGCACGAAGAAAUUUAUAAAAUACAGUUGUACAGUUCAGGACCUUAGUGGAGUGAACGGUAGAAAAUGAAGGCUGAGAGAGGCCUCAGUAUCAAUAAUCCGAACGAGUCCUGGCUUGAAAGCAAGGGGACUUGGUUUACGUAUGUGUUACUCAUAACUAUUGGUCAUUUGGUGAUUCUGAGCAUCCCGUUCUUCGAUACACCGACUGCCUGGACCCUCACAAACACCUUCCACAAUUUGAGUAUGUUUAUAUUUCUGCAUUACCUGAAAGGAACACCAUUUCAGACAGCUGAUCAAGGCAAGGCACGCAGACUAACGCACUGGGAGCAGCUUAACAAUGGCGAACAAUUCACAGAAACAAGAAAGUUCUUUACUCUGGUACCAAUUUUCCUGUUUAUGGUAACAAGUUUCUAUACUAAGUAUGACGGUAUUCACUUUGUUUUCAACUCUCUAUCCCUUCUUGGACUUUCUCUGGUUCCCAAGUUUCCACAGAUGUACAAGGUGAGGCUGUUUGGCCUAAACAAGUACUGAACUCUGACACUGUGGAUAAUAUGGAGCCCACUGGCCGAUGAAGCAUUGGAAAAAGCUCUAAAACAGAAGAUUAACUAUUAGUAAAUCUUCCUUUCCUGGAAAUUUACAUAGAAUGUGACACGAUGGUUCCAGUCAUUUAAAACGUGACAAAAACGUUGGGAAUCGAACUUUCAGGAGAUGUCAUUUUAAGAUAAGUUAUGCAAAAAAGAAAGGAAAAAAAGAGGAAAAGAAGUAAGCAAAAAAAAUUAUCUGACACAAGGUUAAUUAAAAACAUUGAAUAUAAGCUACAGCAAUCCUAGAUAACGUAUAUCGCACUGAUUUCUUAUAUUUCCUAGUUGAGCUAGAUUUGCUUGUGCAGGGUAGAGUUAACAGUUAAUGUUACUUUUAGACCAUGGAUUUCUUAGCUUGUGGUUAGAAAUGAAUCAUUUUUCCGGCACUAAUUCAACAGCGGAUGAAAGUAAAAUAAUUAUAUAUAAGUCAACUUUUCUUUUUGUUUUUUUUGCCAUGCAUAACCCUUUCUCUUCAAGUGCUAAAUCUAAGUCUCCUAAUUAUCGUGGUUCUAACUUUAUGUUCUGAGGACAAAAUGCUAUUUUUUGUCCAUUCAGGUGAAAGCUGUGGAAUUGUACUUUUUGUGUACUGGGACAGAAAUAUUGAUUUAUUGUUUUCAACAAUGACUUCAUUUUUUCCCAACUCUGUUGAGUGAGAGAGUUAUGCCAGAAAAGUGAAAUCCAUAGCAUUUAUUGUGAAGUUGCGUUUCUGAUUAUUUAACUAUGCUGUAGUUCUUUGUAGUGUAAAUUAUGCAAUAAUUUUUCCAUAUGAAAGUAAACGUAUGGUGCUGAACAAGGGAUAAAGGCGCCGCUUAUUUCUUGUCUGUGAAACAUGAAAUAAGUAACAGGUAAUAAUAUACAUGUACAUGUAGAUUGAAGCAUUAUGUAGUAGUUAUCCAAAGAGAUUUAUGAUAGAAACAUGUGACCAUGGUAACAUUUGUCAUGUUACGGUCUGGAGCUCACUAGAAUUGUCAAGAAUGAACAAUAAAAUACAAACAACUGAAAACAAAAUAAUAAUAAGGGUACUGAAAGAUGAUGACAGUGGUUUUCAUUUGUUUUACUAUAGUGCAGGUGGUAGAGUCAGUUUUUUUUUUUUAGAUAAACAGUAAGUAGGUUACUUUAGUUAUUACAUGUAUACAACCAGAGCAACUUUGCUUCUUGCUGGAAGCUUUCUGUUGUAUAUUAGCAUAAUUUAGAGCUUAAAAGCAUGAUUCAAUUUCUCAGAUUUGUUUUGGUUGUGGGCCAGGAUGAUGUGAUGAUUUCAAAGUCAUGGAAUCUGUUAACUUUUAAAAGGUUGACUCAAUAUUACAUUUCUGUUCUGUAUUUUUUCUGGGUAAGCAUGUUUUGCAGGUUCUGCCAGGAGAGUAGAUGGCUGGUACCAUUGGAAUUGCUGGGUUAUCCAAUGGUUAAACUUGGAAGUGCUCAAAAACGGCUCCACUGGAUUAUGGUCAAUGCUGGUAAUUCAAUGUCCGUGUGGUUCAGCUGGUCUGUUAAAAGCUGUAAUAUUGCACUUCUAUGGCAUUCAAAACAAUCCAGGCACAGAGUUGUACUGGACCCAGAAGGGGACUAGAUUUUUGUCAACUUGCAUGAGAAACAGACAAUGUGAUCUGAAAGACUGAAAUACUGUUUUCCUUUUGGGAAAUACAGGAUGUUGUCUCAGUAAAUGGAAAAUUCAUUUCAAUGUGAAUCUUUAAGUUCAAGGUAGUGAUCUUCCUAAGAGAAUUUUGCAUGAAACAAGCGAUGUAGUAAUUGCACUUUAGUGAAUGUCUAAAUUAAGGUGCUUAUCUCUUUCUUGUGCAUGUGAUUAACAUAUAGAGCUGUCUUAAACAUUCAACAAGAAUUCUGCUAAGGCAACUGUUUUUUUUUUUUUCUUCUGAUGAACAAUAGACUUAAAGAAUUUUAUCACAGGAGACCUUUUGUGGUGAAUUUUGGUAGAUUAACCAAGCAGAUAAAAGAGCCUGUGAGCAAGGUCAAUCUUUCCACGUUUUCUCUUGCUCAACAGUAGAUAAGGUAAACCAAGUUCAGAAGCUUGAUUACGUCAUGGUUCCAGUGAUAAAUACUUUAAAAAAUGAUUUGUCUAUUAUAAAACAAUUGUUUUAAAAAUGAUUACAUGUAAGACUAUUUAUUGUGGAGUUAGAUAUAUAUAAACAAUUAUGUUAACAAAACAGUUGUGUGUGGUGUUAUUUGGGGUGCAUCUGGGCAAGUAUGUCUGGAGUUCCAUCACUAUUCGAUGCCAAUGCAACAGCACUCUUGAUGAAUCUUCAUCGAAACAGGUUGUUGUUUGCCUUCUGUUUUUGUUUACAUAUGAGAGUUUGGCUAUUAUAUUUUAUUCUGAGCAUGUCAAAAUGAGGGAAAUCACUGUGAAGCCACUUAAGAUAAUUAAACAUACUUUCAGGAACACAACUUACGAUAAAGCAAUAAGAUUUCGCUUCACCAUGCAAUAUAUAAUUUUGAUGGCAUGGAAAAUGGCAGAGGCUGACUAGGAUCCUUUAAGGGAG